AUGAGCGUGUGUGUCCAAAGUUCCAGCCCAACAUCUUCGAUUCGUCACGCUGCCAUGAGUGCCUUCGUCUCAAACACCUGCACACACACACACCUACACACACACCUGAGCAGGUGAAUCCGGUCAGCGAGAGCAGCAGCAGAAGAGAAGAGAAGGAACAGAGCCCCAAGGAGGACUCUGAUGACGUGUCGGUGGUAAGUGGAGGCUCUCUCUGUAUCCUCAGUCCCGAGUGUGACCUUUACGUGUGUGACGGAGACGAAAGCGAAGGCGAAGACGAACACACCUUUGACAGUCAGUGUGAAGGUGACUCAUCCUCCACCGGUUCUUGCGCUCCUGAAGAAGAGGAAGACUUCUUCUCUCUUCCUCACAGCAGGAUGACACGUUUGGAUCCCCCAUCACACCGGAACAAGUCACGCAUGUGGAUGGAGGAAGCACGUAAUCGAGACAGCUUCUCUCGCCGCUCCUCUGUCCCACAUGUGAGUUCGAAGGUUGACCGAGAUCGAGAAAGUGGAUAUUUCUCUCUGGGUCGUGUGACUGGUGCUCGGACAUUAAGCGAUAAAAGUCCUUCUCCACAUCGGCAUGCUGAACGUGGACAUCCUUUACCAAGCAACCGAACACCUGAGCCCAAAGCUGUCAUUCCAUUCCGAAAUCCAGACCUUGGUGUUCCUUCACAGAGAAGAACCUCUGAGAUCCAGAAUCCAGAUUUGGCUCCAGUGCCAUUGAACUCCUCUCCAGAACCUGUGGACCUCAGCAUCGAAGUCGAGGCUCAGGCAGGUCCGAGAUCUUUAAGUCCCACACCGUUCAAGCAGGCCGAAUCAUUGGCUGCAACCCAAAAAAGAGGGUUCCGAGCACCGAAUUCAUCUUCUGGUCAGUUUGGAAAUUUCUUUUCCUCCAAACAAGAUUCUGGCUUUUCCCGCUCGUCAUCACCGUCCCGAAACUCCUCUACUUUCAAACGGGCUGAGUCUGUCUCCUCGCUAUCGUCCCGUGGGUAUGGGAUGGACGGCGUUUCUGAGAGGCGAGACCAACAAUCCAAAAACCCAAAUCAGAAUUCCUUUGGCCGUCCAUCUGAGUCUGAAAACAUUCGGAAAAACUUCAGAGCCCUUGCUAGCACUGUCGGUGCUGUCAGUAAUCUCAUUAAGUCCCAGCCAAGCCCAUAUGCUGACCUGAGAGCCGGUUUACGGAAGACAGAGCCCAGUGAGCGGGGCACUAAAACCCGAAGUCCCUCCCCUGCAAGGCGGAGCCAUGAUACAGCUGGCCAGCCACUUCUCCGGAAAACAGAAACAAAAAACUUUUCAAGUAGUCAGAAGAAAUGUGAAAGCCGGAACUCUUCACCAACCAGGAGUAGCAGCCAGUCAAUUCUGCAUAAAGUGGUUGAAGGUUGGCGUAGUGCUUCACCUGUAAGAAAGGGCUAUGGGACAUCCAGUCAACUAGAAAAGAGUCUUGUUUCAAAUGGGCAUAGUCAUAAAAGCACUAGCUCCUCUCCUUCAAGAAGAAGCUUUGAGGCCAGCAGCUUACCAUUGCAUAAAUCCGAGACUAAAAGACACUCCCCCCCAUUAAGGCGGAGCUAUGAUGCACCUACUAAACAAUCAUCAUUGCACAAAUCUGGAUCAGACCGAUCUUCCUACAGCCAAAGUCCCUCCCCUUCAAAGCGGGUUUAUGACUCUCCUGGCCAAUCACAUUUUCACAAAUUAGAGAGCAGCAAUUACUCUGCAACAAACCGAUCUUCCUGUAACCGAAGUCCCUCCCCUUCAAAGCGGGAUUAUGACCCUCCUGGCCAAUCACGUUUUCACAAAUCAGAGAGCAGCAAUUACUCUGGACCAAACCGAACUUCUGAUAACCGAAGUCUCUCCCCUUCAAAGCGGGGUUACGACCCUCCUGACCAAUCACGUUUUCACAAAUCAGAGAGUGGCAAUUACUCUGGAACAACCCGAACUUCUGAUAACCAUAGUUCUUCCCCUUCAAGACGGGGUUAUGACCCUCCUGGUCAAUCACUUUUCAGAUCAGGGCACAGCAAUUGUUCUAAAAGUGGGCGGGGCCAGAAUAUAUUACACAAAACUGUCAGUGAAACCAGGAUUGAGUCUGCAUCCUACAUGGGGAAAUCAACUAAUAGCAGCACAGCAGGAUCAUGGCGAGGCUCCACCCACUCUCUCGAGAGCCCACCAAUAUCCCGUAACUCCUCUCCUUCUAGGAAGUACAGUGAAAGCAAGCUGGUUGGUGUCCGGAAAUCUGCCCAUGUUUCCUGGAGUACUGGUGACAGGAGGCAGGGUCAGGAUAAUCAUAGGCCCUCCUGCCGGAACAGAAGCCCCUCCCCCUUAAUGAGAACCCACACUUCUUCUCAGAGCUCAAUAGAUUCACUUAUGUCAAGCGGCUCAUCUGGUCUGAACAGAGAAGAAUAUGCCAUUAUGGCCGACCUUCCGAAGGUCAAGAGGGUCCUCCAGAGGGCAAGGCCAAAACAGAUGGAGGGAAUGGAGAGAGGAAACAGAGACGAAACAUCAUUAUACAAACCUGCCAGCCACUCCCACGCUAAACCCGCCCAUAUCACCUGGGACGACUUGAUGGAUCAGCGAGGAAAUCCCUCCCCUACACACACAUCUUCACACACACAGGGAAAUAAGAUGGAGCAGGAGAAGAAUGAGAGACUUCAACAGCCUGAUCUGUUGAACUUUAAGAAGGGAUGGAUGUCCAAACUGGAUGGAAGUGGAGAGUGGAAAAAGCACUGGUUCGUGCUGACAGAUGCUGGACUGAAAUACUACAGAGACUCUGGAGCCGAGGAGAAAGAUGAGUUGGAUGGAGAGAUUGAUCUCUGUUCGUGUUUGAAAGUCUCUGAGUUUGAUGUGGAGAAAAACUAUGGCUUUCAGAUACAGACGGCAAGUGGAGUGUUCACACUCUCAGCUAUGACUGCGGGAAUCAGGAGGAACUGGAUUGAGAUUUUGAGGAAAAACAUCCGGCCGAGCAGUACACCGGACCUUACACAACUUCCAGACAGCACUAGUAAUAGAGAGGAAUCUCGACACCACUCGUCUCGCCGCCAGUCAGACUCCUCCUCCACUCCUGCCCCCACCCAGCGCAAAUUUGAUUACGUCGAGCUCUCUCCUGUAGCCACGCCCACUCUUUCUGCCCCAGCCAAUCAGAGAGAGGCAGGGGAAGGGCAGGUGCGUGAGCACGGUCAGGGCCAGGAGGACAAGAGCCGAAACACGCAGCGGGAGACGGUGACAUCACGCAAGUGGCCGGGGAGAACUCCAGAACAGAAACGUCUGGAGGAGGAGAUCGAGAGGAAGUGGGAGGAGUUUGAGCGUCUGCCUCUCAAACCCACGGUGUCUCUGUCUGCGUUGGGAUCGCUGCAGAGGGAGCAGGUGGCAUCUCUGACGCAGCUGACGGAGUGUGUGCGGGGUGAAGGGUGUGUGUGUGCGUGUGAGGGUGGGGUGUGUGUGUGUCAGAGUUGCAGUGUGAGUUUGGAGCAGAUGGAGCGUGCACACAGACACGCGCUGGAGGAACUGCAGAGGAAACACCAACGUCAGACCGCAGAAAUAGAGAGAGAGAAAGAGAGACUGCUGAACGAGGAGACUCAAGCCACGGCUCGUGCGAUGGAGGCUCUGAGAAAAGCUCAUAAAGAAGAACUGGAGAGAGAAGUGCAGAAAGCAAAACACCUUACAACACAAACAGAAGGCACACACACUGUCCCAGACCAGCAGCAGCAGGAGCUCAUGUCUCUGAGGAGGGAGCUGGAUGGUUUAUCAGAUCGUUACUCUCAGAAAUGCCUGGAACUGAACAGAGAACAACAGAACAAUGGAGAGAAAGAACGGCAGAUCAGCAUGAAGGAGAGAGAGAUGGAGCAACUGCGCAGACAAAACCAGGAUCUUCAGUCUCGUUUAACAGAGGAGUUCCGGCGUAUGCGCUCAUUUGUCACAGGUCAGAGGUCAGAGGAGGGCAUCGUCGACGGCAACAAGGGGAGAUCAGUGUGUGAACUGGAGGUGCUGCUGAGAGUGAAGCACAAUGAGCUGGAGUACUUGCACAAAGAGAUCAUGUGCUUAAGGAACGAAGUGCAGUUUCUCACCACGGAGAAGCAGAGUGUGUGUGUGCAGUAUCAGAAUGUGUGUGAGGAGCUGAAGGUGUUGAAGGAGAGAAGUGAAGGAGAGGUUCAGACACUUCAAGAACAUCUGAGACUCACCAUCGCCGCCCUGCAGGAGGAGCGGGGACUGCACAACAGCAUCUAACACACACAUAUACACACACACACACACACACACACACACACAGGUACUGAACACACACAUGUAAUUUACGCUAUACCUGACAAUUUUCAGAAAAAAGUUCUGAAUCCUUAUAUAACUGUAUAAAACGCUUGUGUGUGUAUUUCAGCAUCAGCCAAUCAGGAGCAGAGAUCUGGGUCAGCUGACUGGUUAUGAUACACUGGAUGACUUAAAUCUGCACCUGCACUUUUUUAAGUGUGUGUGUGUGUGAGUCUCACCAUCAUGAAUCUAAAAACGAAUGAUAUAUUUUCUCUCUGGGACCACACACACACACAGAUGUGGGAGUUCAGGACUUGUCACAAACCACACACCCUGCUCUCUACAGGGACACUCACUGGGUGGAUAUGAGCAAGUAAAGUAUAGGGUGGAGCGAUCAACUCUCUCUCACUCACACACACACACACACACACACACACAGAGGAGAUGGAAUGUUCAAAGACAGUGAAGUUCUAGAAUAUUUCUGAUCCCAGGAACCCAGAAGAGUUAUGGAGUGUUCAGUCAGAGUUCGAGAGUGGUCAAGAUGGAAGGGUUCUAGACCUGCAGUCCAGAUAUAUCUGAAAGGCUUGGGGACUGCUUGAAGUAGGCAGAGGUCUUGAAUGCUAAACCUGGAAGGGUUCUAGAAUGCACAUCCAGCAAGGGUUGUGGCUCCCUCAAAGAGUUCUAAAAUUUUAAACCUGGAAAGGUUGUAGAGUGAUCGAAGGUUUCUAGACCCUCAUUCUGAAAGGGUUCUAGAAUACACAACCAGAAAAGGGUGGUGGACUGCCCAACUAGGCAGAGGUCUUGGAUGUUAACCUGGAACGGUUCUAGAGUUCUUGACUGGAAAAGGUUAUGGAAUACGCAACCAGGAAGGGUGUAGACUGCUCAAAUAUUUAAGGGUUCAAGAAUGUUAAAAAAUGUUGUCGACUUCUCAACCUUUACAAGUUAAGAGUUCUGUGUAAGUGUUAAACCAGGAAGUAUUGAGGAUGAAGAGUUCCAGAAUAUUCCACCAAUACGACGUGUAGACUUGAUUAACCAGGCAAUGUGUUUUAACGUUCUUAGGCUGUAUGGGUUCUAGAAUAACACAAUCGGGAAGGACUGUGGGCUGCACAGCUAAAUAGACUUCUGCAAUCUUAAACAAUGCUGGAAGGGUUCCAGGGGGCUCUGGAUGGAGAGGUUCUAAACUACACAUCCAGGGAGGGUUGAAGCCUGCCCAUCUAAGUAGAGUUCUACAAUGUUAAACCCGAAUGGGUUCUAGACUGUUCAAGCUGGAAGGGUUCUGGAAUAUUCCACCUGCAAAGGCUGCUGCCUGCUCAACCGAGUUCUACAAGGUUUCUGAAAAGUCAGGACUCAUUGGGAGUAUGUUGAGUAAAAUCCACAGAAAUGUGAGACAGCGGUUGGGGAAAGACUUGGAGGUAUAAGGGUGAACAUCUAGAGCAUGUGCUGUAAAUAAUAAACACAAAAUUAAAACUAUAUGAAGUUUUAGUUCCUAGAGAACUCAAUCAGGAAGGCACUGGUCCUGUAACCUAGACUUGUACACUGCUUGAACUGGAAGGGUUCUAGAAUAAUCCACAUGUAAACCGCUCUAGCAUUCAGCCAUCUAGAAUAUUUAGUGUCGCAUUAAUACUCAAUCUGAACACAGUGAAAUGUUACAGUUUUAGGUAAAGGUGUUUUUAUUGCUCUUGUUUACAGUUAUAACAGCUUCAUCAGCUACUGCGUAAAGGAAACUGUCGUCUUAUCAUAGCAGUGCAUGCUGGGUAAGGCUGAUGAUGUAAUAAAACACACUCGUCCCAGAGAAGGUGUUGGUGUUAGGAUCGGUGUUGGGAUAAAGGCCCGGGGGAGUGAGCAGUGCACAUAGGGUGCAUUAGAGAAGUGUAGUAUAAUAUGGAGAGAGGUGUGUAAUGUUAGCUGAUGUGGGAUCAGUGUGUUCUGUACACACACACACACACACACACACACUGAGUUACGAUGGAGGAGCUGAUGUGCAGACCUGCAGUGCCACAGAGAAAACACACCAAAACAUUGCUUCAAUGAGCCAAAGUUACUUUAUGUUCUUUUUGUAAGAUAAAAUGACACUUUGUCUUUAUGAAAAUGUUUUUUAUUUAAAGCAGCAUCUGUAAAAUAAUGUUUAAAUGUCCCAUAGUCAAUAUCAAUAAAGUGAGCAUUGUGUUUUA